CCUCAGGUAUAAAAGGCUGUCGAUGGUGGCCACUCAGUGUGGACAUGCUACCUCAGCACUGAGCCUCCAAACCAUCUACUCGCUCCUUCUCUUCACAGUUUAUCUCCAACACCUUCUUCUUCAUCAGCCAUGGGAGUUGCAUAUAGCGUCGGAGAGGUUGACCACCUCUACACCUUCUUUGUUCAGUGGUCACCUUCAAUAUACAAGAAGGGCAACAAGAAGCAACCCCAGCCCCACUACCUCAUCAGGGAGAAACACCAGAACCGCUACCUUGUCGUGGAAAAGGACAAGGUGGCUGUGAUCAAUAAGCUCCUUAGUAACCCUGCAAACAGCUCUGCAAAAAACUGGGAGCAUCCUGGAAGCAAAUGCUGCACUUUCCUGUUCCAGAGAAAGGAAACUGUUCAGUCCAUGCGGUACUACAGAGUGCAGAGACUGACAGAGAAAUCCGGAGCUAUGAAACUGCUACCAGAAAAUAUGAGAGUACUUUAUUUUGCCAGUAACUGUAUGGAGCCGUAUGUCCAGAUUGUCACUGUUCAGGAAGCAAAGCGCCGCCUGAGUCUGUGCAGCUCCGAGGACUCUGAGGCAGAAGAGCCCGAGUACCAGGAAGAUAAUGAGGAUGUUCUCCCUGUGCUGGGCGACCACAGCCAACUGCUGGAUGACCAUUACCUGAAGAGGCUUGCUGCCCACAUGCCAGCAAGGACCCAGGGUUAUCCAUGGCAGCUGGUCUACAGCACAGCCACCCAUGGGAGCAGCCUGAAGACUCUUUACAGGAACAUGGCCGGCCUGGACAGCCCGGUGCUGCUGGUCAUCAAAGACAUGCACAAAAAGGUGUUUGGUGCUUUUUCUUCUGAUCCAUUCAAAGUCAGUAAAUACUCCUACGGCACAGGAGAAACCUUCCUGUUCAGCUUCAACCCUGAGUUCCAGGCGUACAGGUGGAGUGGAGAAAACUCCUACUUUGUGAGCGGGAACCUGGAAUCUCUGCAGAUUGGUGGAGGAGGGGGUGGAUUUGGCCUGUGGCUGGAUGCUGAUCUGUACCAUGGUUCAAGCUUCUCCUGUCCCACCUUCCGCAAUGCAUCUCUGUCCUCACACGAAGACUUUAUCGUACAAGACCUCGAAGUCUGGACUGUGCAGAACUGAUAGAAACUCUUGAAAAGAAGAGACACAACAAAGUGGAUCCCAUCAUCUUGUAUGGAGUCACAGAACUCCAUGACUAAAAGGGGUACAAGUGGUUUAGCCACUACGAUUGUACGACCUGAUGGAGCAGCUGCUGUAAUCUGUGCACCUAGCUCCGGCUCAGGUUAGCACAUACACAGAACAGAGCCUGGUCUGGUGGUUCGGGGCUGGACUUAACAUUGAGGCUGGUGUGAUCCGUGCCUGCUAAAGAUCUAAGUGGUUGGGAGAAAACCUGCAGAUCUGGGCCCUCUCACCACAAAUUACCAGCUAGUCACGACCAGCCCUGUGCUUGGCCCAGUGAGCAACUGGCAUCUCAAGCAUCCGAGGCUUUAAGCCUACUGUGCCCUCCAAUUGAUAUAGAGUGCAUUACAAUACAAAGGUCAAUGUAAAAAUGUUGGACAAAACAUUUGCGACUAUUGUAAGAAUAUUAGGAAUGUUAAACCCCCCAAAAUGUUUAAUCUUUUCCUGUCUUACAGCAAUGUGAAACAGUAAGGGAGUUUAUCUUUGAAUGUACCUGUGCGUGUGUUUAUGAGUGUGUGUGUGUGUGUGUGUGUGUGUGCAGACACCAUGUUGUGGGUUGUAUUUGGCACAUACAGAUCCAAAAAAAUACUCAGGAAAAUACAGGUUGUCUUUAUUAUUUUUAUUUGUAAUAUGUAUGAACACUGUAACAUGAUGGGAGCCGCACAGGCCUUCCUGAACUCUAGUUAUUUUAAGUUUUUUCUAUGUAAGGCCUGUUUUAAUGGUCUCAGUUAACUAAGGCUCAGAAAUAUUUAAUUGCACUAUAAAAACGGAUGAUCUGUCACUUCUGUUUUUUCAAAAGUGCCAGCUUGUUUGCAUAAAGGGGAAGUCUUUACAGGAAGUCCAAAGAAAACAUCUAAGAUUUUAAAACCUUUUUUACCUGUAAAUUUGAAUGUAUUCCUGUUUGUUUCACAACUUUGUGUCUUUGAGACAGUGCUGGUACUGUCAGUGUCAUGUUGUUCAUAUUUAAUUAUCAAUAAACCUUUUUUGAAUUAAA